CAAGCCGCAACAAUCCUCGUGUAAAUUUUGCACCAGAGUGCUCCUGUUUCUACCUAAUUUUCUCCAAGAAAAAACAUUAUCAUGGCUGCUGCAAAGCCGCAUCUUGCGAAGGAUAACACGAUGAAAGUAACUGCCAAGGAAGGCGUGGACUUUCUCAAAGCUGAGGGUGCCAAGGAUCUUCUGAAGGCGCAGGGCUUGAUUCCUGAUGUCAAGAGGGUCGGCACGAUGGAGAAUACAGCCAAGGAGGCACAUUCAUUGUUGGCAGGUAUGGGCGGUAAGGUUGAUGAUGAUGCCCAGACCAGAGGUCAGCAGAAGCAAUUGGAUGCCAUAACGUCUGAACCACCAGCGAAAAAAGCAAAAUUAUCCAAAAAUUUAACGAUGGCUGCUACUGCUCAGGAAGCCAAAGGUCUGCUGGGUGGAGAGAAACUAGGUGACACACGCCAAGUGACAAAAUCAACAAAAAAGAAGAACGCUGGUGCUGUUCCACAAAAACAGACGUCCAUCCAGCGUUGCAUUGCAGAAUCACAAUAUUUCGUUGAUCCAGUCGAUACGAGCGCAGGACGCCAGACCCGUGCCCAGAAACGUGGCGAUGUUUAUAAAACUCCAGAAAAGAAGGCAAGCAAACCUGCCAAGGCUGGAGGUGCAAAGCGAGGACGGAAACCAAAGAAAGCAGCAGCGGAACCAGCAGCUGAUGCAGAGUAAACGUUACCAUGGUUACCCUUGGGAACUAGACGGGUAGUCGUAGUAACCAUUGUUGUUACUAUAUGGAAUAAUUACAUGAGUGAAAGAAGGUGAUUGUGUAGUAUUUUGGGUAUAUAUACUGUUAGAGUCUUGUUUCACUUGUGGCCAAACUGAGGCCAAAAUUAUCUGCAUCGAAAAAGUGUGUUUUUGUCCUGCAGUAUUCUGUUUCCGUCAGUUCUCCAAUCUGCACUCGAGGAUAGAUAGAAGUUGUAACUUUUACCCGCCACACACCUGUAACUUUCUGGAGUCUCCCACCUAUGUUGACAGGUUGGAGAUGAUAUGCAUGUGGCAUAUGUUGUCUGGCGUUUCAUCAUUUUGGAUUGAAGUUCUGUUUUUGUAAUACUUGAUGUUACUGGUCUCUGUGUACAUGUACUCUUUGUGCCAGUUGGAAUUUAUACUGACUGACUGUAAAAACAUCAAUUAGAAUUUACACAAUGUGUAAGCAAACGUUCAUUAUGGACACGAUUUUAAAAUCACCUAACUAGAAAUUCAAUAUCUGUUUGGAAGGAAGUCUGAAAGAACCAUAUAAGUGGACAUGUUGGUAUGCAUUAUUAUUGACAACCAUGAAUUGCAACUGGAGGCUGCCUUAUACCAUUAGAGAUUAUUAUAAUGAUGCCUGGAUACAAACAGAUGAAAAACCAACUUAAAAGCACACGAGUUUGUUUGUCCACUUAUUUGGUGUAUUAUACAGCCAGAUUCAAGGUACCUUCUAUUUGCCCUCCUCUCGCCGAAGCCCGUAGUUGUAUAUUUUGGAAAGAGAGACAUUCCUCAAAAAACUGGCACAGUGACCUACCCUGCAAAAACUUGGGAACAUAUGCAAUAUAUUUGCAUCAUUAUUUGUUAGUUCAGUAGUAGAAACCGUUGUUGAUGUAACUGUAGAUCUUUUAAUUGAAAAAAGGUACUUCUCGUUGUUGAUCUGUUUAGAAAGGACCAAAUGUGGUGAAAAUUAUGAUAUGCCAAAAAAAACUGCGCAAUGAUGAAAUUGUAUGAAUAGAAUGUUUUACUAUGUGUAUCCUUUUGUUAGAGCGCCAAAUGAUUCCCCUGCAGAUAAGUUGGGAAAUGAUUACACUUUCAUGACUAAGAAUGUAUUUGGAACUGAACAAAACGUGUAUCAAACUUAUUUUUGUUAAGAAAGUGUUAUGUUGGUACUGUCAUUCCAAACAUUCUCAAAAGAUGGAUUCCAAAUUAAUAUAUUUAGGCAUAAUCAAGCAUAUUCAGCAUUUUAGCCUGCAGACCCUCAUUUUGGACUGCAGUGACAUUUUAUAGAAUCAGUGUCGCAUAUAGAAUGUCUAUAAAAAGACAGAAAAUACUGAUCACUCUUAUUGCGAACAACUUUAAAUAAAAAAAUUUAUGUAUACAUAUUAUACUUAUUCAUAUUUAUUUUAUUUCUUCAUCGUGUUUUAAUAAUUUUUUUGAAUUUUAUGCUUUUGGCCUUACUGACACUUGCAUACACAAUUUACUGCACAAUCUUCAGUGUAAUAUGAGGGUAGUGUCAUUUCUCAUUUUGUAGUUAGGUCAUUUUCACCAUUUCAAAUUUGGCAUCUCGAGUUUUGAAAAGCUUGUAACGACGCUGGUUUGGUUUUUGGCAUUAAAAACUGGUAUGAAAGUUGUCUAAGUGUUGUCCUCUUCUUCAAAGGAAAUCACAGUGUUAAUCUGAAUAUUUAUCUUGAUUUAAUGUAUGUCAUACUUGGGUAGAAAAACCCGGGGAAAUUAUCUGACUGUAACUAAGAUUCGUUACAGAGUGUAAGUAGAAAUCAUCCAGUCAUGUCAUCUCUCACAAAAUGUUAGAUCUCAUCAACCAAUCACGUGCAAUGUUUAUAACUGCCUAACUUUACCAUACUUGCCUAACUGCAUGACAGGCUACAGGCUGUUCUGAACGAUUUGUGUCAUUCAUUUUCACUCCGUGGCAUUGUAUUAUUUCCAUUUUCACAGUUAAUACCUAUCUAUAUUAUAUACAGAUUUUACUAGAUAUAUGUGUACUAUCAUGAUCAGCAAUAUUAUGUGACUGACUAUUGAUAAAAUGUAACUUGAGAAUUAUGUAGUUUGGCCAAAAGUUAUAAUUCUCUCCAAUUUGGCCUUUAUGUAUGUUGGUAAACUUAUGUUUUGUAAUGUUUGUUUUGUGGAUAUAAUAAACGGCAUUUCUCUCGGAAGUAA